ACCGUGUGAGCUCUUCAAACGCCAAUUCUUAAUUUUAGUGCAAAUGCGGCAAGUCUUCCCUCUGUCGCGUGUGAUUAAACUACAAGAAGUUCUUCCUUUAAGAAAGGACAACACGUUUCAAAGAUUUAUUGUCCAAGAGUAAUGCUAAACUUCAAUAGUCGUAUCAGUCUGUUGUGUCAACAAAUCAUAAAGUACUGCGGUUUAACAUUAAGCCCUACGCACUAUCCACACGUGCCAGGUAUAUAAUUUCCUAUACAGUCCUUGAAUAUAUGCCCCCCAUGCAAAAAGUGCCAUACAAUAUACACACGUCUGGUUUCUCUGAGUGAACGUCUGGGUUAUGUUUUGGUACAAACCCAGUAGGGCCCUUUAAAGGGUGACCUUUUGAAACCCCACGGCAAUGUAUGAAGUGCGAGUUCAAUAUUGUAAACAAAAUUAAAAUGAGUGUAUUGUGCUACACUGCGUCACGUAAGGUGUCGAGGGGUUAGACACUGUCACUUGGAAGGCCACUGUCGCUUGAUUCUGGCGAAGCGAAGGUGCUUAGCUGAACAAAGCUAUCUAAUCGACGACAAGGAUAAUGUGUGCACUACUUACCUACAGCUUCGAGGAGCCAGAUACGGCGGGUAGGGAAGAUAUCAAAGGAUUUUCCGAACUUAAAUCCGAUAUUCCAAACCAUGAAGGCAAUAUUGCAGAAUUCGACGCAUGUAACGAUGCUAAGGAAACAUUAUGGAAAAACUCCAAAACAGCGUUUUCUAUUUGCAAUGGAUUUCUCUGGCUGACAAGUUUGGGAAUAACGACGUUUGGAAUUUUCUCAUUCGUAAUGGAGAUCUUAGUGCGUUUGGAAAAUCGCCUGAGUAAUAGCACACUUGCAAUUUCACUAACAGUUGUUAUCUUCGGAGCUGCGUCGUUCAUACUUUGUACGCUCGGUUGCUCCAGAAAACCCUCGAUAAAACAACUACGAUUUUAUCGCAGUUCGUUUGUCAUAUUCAUUACAUUUGAAAUUAUAGUUAUGGUCUUUGGUAUUAUUCAGUCGAGUCGAGUUCCUACGGACACUCGGGAGAUAGUCAACUGGAGUGUGUUUAUCCUGAACUAUCAAGAUGAUUCGAUAAGGGACGAUCUUGACAGUAUUCAGAAAAACCUCAAAUGCUGCGGAUUUAAAGACUAUAAUGAUUGGGAAUUAAACCCCUAUUACUCCUGUAAAUCUAAUGGUUAUUCUCGUUGCAGCGUCCCUGCUUCGUGCUGCAAACUUGACAUUUCCGGUAGCAGAUGCACUCUAGGAGUGAGAGACGCUACAACAACCUCAGAAAUCGGCCAGUUUAUCCACAAAAAUGGCUGCCUCGAUACUAUCAAAGAUUGGUAUAAAUACACUUUUAUUUUGCUAAGCUUUGCACUUUCGUUUAUGUCAGCAGCGCAGACAUUUAUUCUGUAUUAUUCGGGCCCGCUAUUAGAGGCAUGUAAAGAGAGAUCAGAACGUUCGCCGUCUAUUGCGGAAUCGACAUUGGGGAGCAUCGAGGAAAGAGACAUUGAAGCAAAAACACUUGGAAACUUGGGUGAGCCUUUAACCACGAAAAAAGCGAACAGUAUAAUUAUCAUAGACGCAAAUCACACGACAGUCAAAACUGAAAUUUUACACGGCCCUUGCGCUCAAUAAAAACCCCUCUUUGUAAAGAAGGGUUUCCCCUUGUUUGUUUAUUUAAGUUGCACUGUAUGAGGUCAGCUAUCCGUCGUGCAUCGACUGUUUCGUGAGUUUGUGCUUUCAAAUACUAUCUUUUCUAUCGUAAGAGAAGCGAAACUCACGGACAGAUGUAAAACGAAUGCGUAGAGGGCAAACAAAGAACAAACCGCAAUUUUACCCGAAAUUAGAUAGGUUUAAUUUCAAUGCCUUUUGUCCGAAUUUUUAUCUCCAUCUCCGAUAAGGAAAAACAUUAUUAACAUUUAUCACCUUCCUGCUGUAUAACUGGCAGCUGCAGAAUCACAUUAGAAAUUAAGAAUACGCUUUGCCGGCAAGCAAUAUUUUUUGCCACUAUACCGAUCAAUUACUGUUUUCCUACGUUUGCCCAAAAUAUCAAGAACCAUUAUAUGAAAGGUGGUUUCUUUUGUUUCGCCAACAGAUUAGCCAAUAACCACGCGGUUUGGUUUCACGCUCAGAAGGGUUUGUAUCGAAUAAGAAUACUCGAAUUUAGGAAACGAUUUCGAAAACGAUUAUUUAUUUUGGUUGACAUGCAACAAUGCUGGCUAUAAAAGAAGACAUUAUUUUGUUCCCCUGUCAAAGAGAAAAAAAAAAUAAAGGAUAUGACCAUUAA